GACACCCUCCUGGUUCCCCAGACAUUCCAGAAUGGCAGUCUUCAUCUCCCUGCUCAUAGGAGCACAGAUACUGUGCUGCCUGGGUGUUUCUCCACCUCGUCCAGAAUUUCCACCACCCCCUCCUGACAGGGUGAUUCCUGCAUCCUGUAACAGCUCUUCUAUAAAGCCAGUUGCAGAGCUGGCCCUAGACAAGCUCAAUGAAGAUCGCAGAAAAGGCUACGUGGUGGGACUCCAGAGAAUCUUUGAUGCCCGUCAGCUUCAGUGGCAAGGCACUGGCAUGGUCUAUUAUUUCACUCUGGAUGUGUUGGAAACCGAGUGUCAUGUCCUGAGCAAGAAGUCUUGGAAGGACUGCAAGUUUAGACCAGCACAUGAGUCGGUCUUUGGACAGUGCAAAUUGACCUUUUACAUCAACAAACCGUGGAGAAUCCUUCACCUGUACAACUACGACUGCGUUUUACGUCCAAUCCCAGCUGCCGUUGUUGUAAGAAGUUGCCCGGACUGCCCAACCGCUGAUGAUCCAACUAAGCCCAUGUAUCUGGAGGCAGCUGCUGAGAGUCUUGCCAAAUUCAAUGCUGAAAGCAACCACACCCAUUAUUUUAAUCUUGUCAAUGUCACCAGAGCGCGGUACCAGGAGUAUGUUAUCCAGGAGACAGCGUGCUCCAAAGGCCAGCCGAUGGAGGACCUCUAAUGUCCGUUUGUCGGCGACAAAACAGCAGAGAUGAGCAUAUGCAAAGGCUCUGUGGUAGAAAGUCAGAUUGAACAUCGAAAGUUCAUCACGGUACACUGCGAAAAUUUCCCCCCGAAGGCACAGGUCCAUGAGGGACAACAAGCUGGCGACAAGAAACACGAACACCAGGAUGGCCAUCAAAGCCAGGAACACGAUAGUCAUUCUGAGGGUAGAGAGGAAGGGACCUCAUCACUUGACGAAUUUAUCAUGGGCAUCACUCACACAUGACCACCGUACCAGAUUCGGAAGAAGAGACCUCAUAAUCGCCAACCUAAUGGACAUCACCCACAUGACCAUGCAGAGGGUAGAAGAGAAAGACCUCAUAAUCGCCAACCUAAUGGACAUCACCCACAUGACCAUGAAGAACAUGAGCAGAGGCGUUCCCCCUUUGAGACCUCAACAGAUCUGGGAAAGACAGCGGGCCGGUUCGUGGUCCUUCCUUCCUCUGAUGCUCACGUAUCUCUCCACAGCUUACCAGACAUUGAAGCUGAGCGAUUAGAUGGAAUGCCUGUUUCUACUUCAUCACAGGGGCCAAAAGUCAACCCCGUCCCCGCCCUUCCCGAUAUACACGGUGCUGCUGAGGAGAACCGACCACUGGGCAAACCAAUGUUGCGCCCUGCCUUGAUCAAGCCAGCUAGGCCCAUCCCCCCUCCUCCCUUCCCAGUUGGGUUUUCUCAAUCAGAUACUUGUCCAGGAGAAAUCCUGGUCUUCAUUUAUGGCCUCGAACCUUUACUGCCCAAAAGGCACACAGAAUUGUCCCCAACAGGGAUCCCCGAUUCCACAAUUAAGGGAAAAGAGAAGCACUGAAAAGAUAUUCAGAGUCAAUGUCUUCCCUCUAUAAAAGAAGCAUUAUUAGGGGGCGGUAAGAGAGGAUGUAUGACGCCCACUCGCUUCUUGUUUUGUGAAUAAAUAUAUGUGGAAAA